UUCAGCAGCCACCUGAUGAAGAUCCAGGAGAGGAUUCGUCUGAAGGAGGGAAUUAAGUGUCUAUACACGUGCACCGUGUUAUAAAGGCAGCCAUGCUCACACUUCAUCUCAUCACAUCUUCUCUCAAGAUACAAAGAAAAGUUCUGCCUCGUCAAGAUGGUGAAGGAGAGCGGCAACAGCAACUCUGUUGUUGGGUCUGAGACGUCACACAGGUGCAACUGGUCCUGCCUCGGUCCUCUGACGUUCCACCCUCAGGUUGUGGGAAACAUGGUCCGCCUGAGCCAGGGUUGUUGCCUCGCAGAGAGGACAGGAAGCGUUUUCAAGAACGGCCUGGUGUUCAGCAGCCGGCCAGUGAAGAUCCAGGAAAGGAUUCGUCUGAGGGUGAAGAAAGAUGUGCUCAACUGGCACGGAGCUCUGCGUGUGGGCUUCACCACCCUGGCGCCCUCAGCCAGAUCUCUGCCUCUGCCCACCAUGGCCAUCCCCAACCUCACUGACACCCGAGGCCACUGGGCCGCUCCAGUGCACGAAUCCCUCUGCCAAGCAGGUUCAGAGCUGGAGUUCUGGGUCUCUUCGGGAAUUGUUUACGUUAAGAGCAACAACAUCAGGGAGCACAAGCUGCUAGAAGGAGUGGAUUUGAGUCAGCCGCUGUGGGCCAUGAUAGACAUCUACGGACAGACCUGCUCCAUUCUCCUCCUUGGUUCAGAGAAAAAAGAUCUGUUUUGGACCAGACGGUCCUGUCCUGUACCUGAAUGCCUUGACAACAACCGCAGUUUGAUUCCUGAUGUCUCGAGCCUCUGUGGAAACAGUGAUGAAUACAUCAACUGUCCUGACAUGGAAGAAGGUGGAGACAGCGUAAUGAGCUGUGUGGUGUGCAUGGAAGAACAGGCCAAAAUCACUCUGCCUUGUGGCCACCGGUGUUUAUGUAACCAGUGCACCUCCAGGAUCAUUCAGCAGUUUGGCACCUGCCCGCUGUGCCGACACGCGAUCAGCGCUCCAUCAAUGGAGGGGAUAAGGACUGUCUCUGGGCAGCUCUAAUCUCCCACACAGCAUUUACAUUCACUGCACAGUAUAAUAAAGUGAUAUGUUUUAUAAUAUUUGUUGUCAAAAUAUGAGAAAAUAAAAUAUUUUGAUAUUUGUUGUAAAAUGUGUGUAUGAUACAAACUAUCUAUCUAUCGGUCUCUAUAGUCUCAAUGGAUGACAAAAGAACCUGAGUGGAUCUUGAGUAGAGAUUGUUUAAUAAAGGCUUAAUUUUUGAGCUCAAAAUAAGAGAUGACCUGCUCUUAUUUUGAGCCCAAAGGUAAGCCUU